AUGCCCCAAAUGGAACCAUAUGACGGUUUGUUCGAUCCUCCGGACCACCUGAAGAGCUACAAGGCUCUCAUGGCUCUCCAAAGAGCCACAAAUACCCUGCUUUGUAGGGCCUUCCCAGCAACCUUCUACAAAGCAGCUCGCCUCUGGUUCUCCGGGCUGAAACCCUAUUCGAUUCUCUCUUUCGAACAGUUGGAAAGGCAGCUCACCACCUACUUCGCUGCUAACCGGGGUCAGCACGGAACUUCAGACUCCCUCUUCGCUAUUGAGCAGAGGGAAGGGGAGCCUCUAAAAGAUUACAUCGAUUGCUUCACCUCGGCUACAUGGAAGAUUCGCAAUCUUGAUCAAUCUAUCGUCAUAUCAGCGUUAAAGACUGGAGCUCGAUCCUACAAAUUUCUCUUCUCCAUUGAGAAGAGUUUUUCCGUCAACUUCAUAGAAAUACUGGCCCAGGCCCGGAAGUACGCCAAGACCGAAGAAGCCAUGGCCUUUCGACGUGAGGCGGCUGAGCAGCCAGCUAAGAUGAAGAAGAAACGCCUUGAGGAGUGCUCCCGCCCAAGGAGCCGAUCUCCUCGGCAUGAGAAGAAUCCUCUCCGGCCCCAGAGCCCGGCUGACCCGAGGUCUCCGGCCCAGAUGUUCAGCAAGUAUGCUCCCCUUCCGAAGUUCGGGAGGUAUACUCCCCUUUCUUCCACUCGAGCUGAGAUCCUCAUGGGGAUAGAGGGUCGAGGCUAUCUCCAACCCCCAUCAAAGAUGCGGUCCUCGGCUCCACGGAAGUGCUCGGACAAGUACCGCCGCUUCCAUAAAGACUACGGCCAUGAUACGAAGGACUAUUAUCAGCUUCGUAAUGAAAUUGAGGUGCUCAUCCGCCAUGGACGGCUGAAUCAGUUUGUUACUGGCCAACCUAAAAGGAGGGUGCCCGAGGAGCAGAACCGUGAGCCACCUAAGGAGCAGAACAACAGUCGCCCCAUCGUGGGCAUUAUUCACACCAUUGGCGGAGGACGGCCAGAAUGCCUGAGACGUCGGGCCAAAAGAAAGGAGCCCCUUCAAAACGUUCGUGCACUGUGGAGAUUAUCUCCUUCACCGAUGAGGAUCUAA